CAGAAGUUUGAAAGUAAAGCUCUCCACAGCUCAACACCACCUGCCCGUUAUUGAGGAACAACACAGUCACUCUCUAACACAAAUGUAUCACACAGCUCCAGUAGACGCCCGUCUUACUAUGAGGACUUGUGGGAGGCGAUAAAGCGUGUUGUCCUGUGCGAGUUAUUUUGGACGAUUGAUCAGAGACUUUGGACGGAUCAAAUCAAUCGGUAUUUGAGGCGCGCGCUCGUCGCGAGAAGGGCUGAAGAAUGUCGCGCGACCCGGAGGAGGUGAAUAAACUGACCGAGAGCACUUACAAGAAUGUUAUGGAACAGUUCAACCCAGGGCUACGUAACCUCAUAAACCUGGGAAAGAGCUACGAGAAAGCCGUUUCAGCCAUGGCCCUGGCGGGGAAGCAGUACUUUGAUGCUGUAUCUAAGAUUGGAGAGAACGCAGCCGUAUCUCCCGUGUCCAGAGAACUGGGGGUUGUUCUUAUGGAGAUCUCAGACGUCCAACAGAAAGUCAAUCUAGAACUGGAGGAGAAUUUUAAACGUUUCCAUCGGGAGGUUAUUGUGGAGUUAGAGAGGAAAACGGAAAUGGACGUGAAAUACAUGACGGCCACGUUUAAGAGGUACCAGACCGAACAUAAGAUGAAGCAGGACUUGUUGGAGAAAUCGCAGUUAGACCUGAAGAAAUUCAGGAGGAAGAGUCAAGGAAAGAAUGCUUCUAAGUACGAGAGUAAGGAGAACGAGUGUCUAGAAACACUCACUUCUCGUCAGAUGGAAAUGCAGAAAUUCAUUGCUGAUGGCUGCCAUGAAGCUCUCCUGGAGGAGAAGAGGAGAUUCUGCUUCCUGGUUGACAAGCAUUGCAUCUUCUCCUACCAGAUUUCUGCUUUCCAUGAGAAGGCUCGAGAGCUGCUGACAGAGAACCUGACCAUUUGGCAGGACAAAUGCACUGAUGCUACCAACGUCCCGGAGAGCGUGAUGUCCAUAAUAGAAGGUCUGCGCACGCCAAUGUCCAUCACUCCACAGGCGUCUCCAGCCCCCCAGCACCACAGCAGGAACAACUCGGGAGCAAUGAUUCCACCUCCAGAACCUCCCCAGACGAGUCCACUGGUCAACAUGUUCAAUCAAAACCAUUCCAGGCAGGAAAAGGAGUCAGACUACACCAAUGAAGACAGUGGAUUGUCCAGAUCUGUGUCUAUGGCCACUGGCCUCAAUCUCACAGACAAAAGACCCAAAGUACGCACCAUUUUCCCCCACAAAUCUGGAAACAACAACACACUGCUGAGCUUCGAAGAGGGAGACAUCAUCAUACUGCUGAUUCCCGAUGAGAGGGACGGCUGGCUGUACGGAGAACUGCAGAAAUCCAGACAGCGGGGCUGGUUUCCAUCAUCUUACUGUCAUGCAUACACAGAGCCAGCAGUAAAUAACAGUAUCGCUGGAAACCCUCCGAUGCGCAGUAAGAGUGUGGCCAACCUCAUGCAGCAAGACAAAGAGGACAACAUGAUGGUUCUGCCUCCUGCAGACUACAGCGACUCCCCCAUCAGAAGAAACUCCACCAAGAGCCUGUCACAUAUGUACACCCCCUCCUCAUAUGAAAACUCGGUGCCUCAGUCAAACGGGUUGCCAAAGCACCCUAUCUUUGGGGGAGGGAAUCCAUUUGCUACAGUGAAACUUCGGCCCACAGUCACCAAUGACCGAUCAGCCCCCAUCAUUUGAUCAACACCACAACCGGCCUUCCUGCACUCACAGUGCAGACUACAGUGAACUUGAAUGCUUUAAACACAUGCACUUCCACGGGGCUCGCUUGAUUUGGACAGAGACCCCCAUCUGAGUAUGCUGUGUUUCACAAUAACACAUGUAUCCACACCGCCACCACAUACUGUUCACCACUUUAUUGUCAAUCCCUUAAAACCUCUGUCUCACUAUAUACAGUAUAUUAUGAAUGUGUGUUUAUAUAGAGAGAUAGAGUGGGACUCAAUGUAUAGCAAUUUGGUCGUAAAGAUCAUUAAGGUAUGUAGUCCGCUGUUUGGCUUCCAUUUAUUGGAGUAUCAUUCUGUAAAAAAAGUGAAGGUGGAUGUGAUCUAAAUUUUUAUUUAAUUUUUUUUUAAAUCAUUGUCAAGAACUUUUUAUUCUUAAAGAACAUUUUACAUGUACAAGACUAGAUGGGACUAUGCACUAGCUGAAAGGUCCUUAUGAUAGUGAACUGUAAUACUGAUAGUAGAUAGAGAGUUAUGAAAAAUUAUCUGAACAUUGACAACAGCACUCUUCCUUAACAUGUUUGAUCUGCAUUAUCCCAGUAACUGGAAUGAUCUGAAACUUAUGAAUACAUUAAAGGAAUAUUCCGGGUUCAAAACAAGUUAAGUUCAAUCGACAGCAUUUGUGGUAUAAUGUUAAUUACCACAGCAAAUAUUGUCCCUCAUUUAUUUAGAAAACAAGCAAAAAUCAUUAUUACAGUAAGGCAGUUACAAUGGAAGUGAAUGGAGCCAGUCCAUAAAUGCUAAAAUACACAUUGUUUCAAUAGAAUAGCACAAGAUGUAAACAUUUUUGUCUCUGUUCUGUAUAAUUUUAGUGUGAUGAAAUCAGUAUAAAGAUUUCAUCACAUGUGUAACAUGUAUAAAGUUUACGCCUUGUGGCUAUACUUGUGAUUCAAUGUGCAUUUAAUUAUUUAAGGACUGGUCCAUUCACUUUACGUGCAUCACUGGAACCGUGUUUUUUGCUUCGAUUUUUAAAUAAACAAUAAGUACAAAAUAUGUUAUAUAAAUAUGGUAAUAAAUGGAAAUUAGUUAAAUGGAGUUAGCUGGCCCUGAGGAAUAGAAUCAAGCUCCAAUUCCACAAUCUACAGUUUGGACCCUACGACAUCUAUGUGUAGGUAAUGCCAUAAACUACAAAAGCACUCUUAGCUAAAUUAGUCUUUAUAUAGUAAUCUUAUUCUUUUAGAAAUAGAGAACUUUGCUUUCAUCAGUCUCAACACUAAAUAAUGAUCCAAUGUUGGUCAGUGGAUAGUGUUUUAUUUAAUGCUCGGGGGAUUAAUUUGCCUUUGAUUGUAGCAGUGCACAUUUCUGUUGCUGUUGGCCUGAGAUUUUUAGACCAUUGCUGUAUAAAAAUAAAAAUAAUUUUAUUUCUGAAUGUGUUACUGUAAAAAAAUGACUUGCUGAAAGUUACUGUAUAACAGGACUAUGCAACCUCAAAGGAAAGAAUGGAUACCAUACAGGUUUUUUUUAAUGGCAGAUGCCGAUAUCCAGAGAAGCAGGAUGGACGAUGCAAUGACGAUAUAUUACACAAUUUAAUAUAGUAAAUAACAUAAAAUUGCUACAAAUAUACUCUUAUUUAAAUCUCCUGAAAGUUUAAAUAGCCUGCUUGGAUUGUCAUCAUGAUUUGUGAAUCAGAGAAAC